AUGGAGCUUAAGACAGAAGACUACAAGGCAGGCGAGGAAGCAAACGGAAGUGGAUGCGAUGGUCUCGAUGCAGGUGAGUUACAUCCACAUAGGGUGGUGCCUGAUACCAGUACCAAUACCAGCUCCAACUCGGAUGAUGCGUCGGCGCAGCUGAGCUCCAACAUGAAGCUAAUCACGACCUCGACUGGGAUCCGUGUCUCCCAAGCGUGCGACCGUUGCAGGGUCAAGAAGACAAAGUGCUCGGGCGACAACCCUUGCUCCAAUUGCGUCAAGGUUGGGGUGCAGUGCAAGACACUGGACAAGUUGACUCGCAGGGCUUUCCCCAAGGGCUACACCGAGAACUUGGAGAAAAAAGUCCAGGCGUUGGAGGAAGAAUUGGCUGCUUUGAAAGAUUCCAACAACACCAACAACAACAACAACAACAACAACAACAACAACAACAACAAAGACGAGGGCUUCAGGCAGAACCAGGCUCCCGGAACCAUCCCGACAACUACAACCACAAACGACAAGGUCAUGUUUCAGUCCAACAACCAGACGGUGCAAAUAAACAACCCCAUCGACCAGAUAUUCAACUUGGACGAUAGGGGCAUCAUUAUUGGCAAUGACAAUUUGAACUUCGAGUCGCAGUUGAACCAUUUGUUGAUCAUUUUGAAUCUACCGUUCUUGAAAAUCACCAAUAGCCACAACUACUUACUAGACGACCCAAACAGCUAUUUGUACAAUCCGGCGUACGCAAAGAGCAACGAGUUCCACAACAAAAACCUCGAUAUGAUCUAUAACCCUUUAACAAGGACAAACUCGCCCGAACCCGGGUUGAACAAGUUGCCGCUAGACAUCUACGACUUGUUCAUCAAGCUCAUCAACAACUUUAAAAACAUAUUCAAGAGCAAAAAGGAGAUGGACACGCAAAUCGUGCUGUAUUUCCUCAACUACAACAUAUUCAUUCCCAUAUUUGACUACCAGCAGUUUAUGGAAAGCUACGAUGCGUUCCACACCAUGUACCCGUUUAUAUUCACCUACGACGAUGCAACAAUCAACGGCUUUAACUUGUCCAACUCCAAUGACUACCAAAUUGUCAACAAGUUUUUGAUGACAAUAAUCCAGAUUUACGCCAUGAUUAUUAUCACAAACCCUACUGUCAACUUGAAUCUUUUGCUCAAUCACUCGGAUCCGCACUAUGUUCUCAACAACAGAGCCGAAAAGUCAAUGGUCAAAUCCUUAUAUGAUUUCUUGCCGUACUUUAACGGUUUCCAGAUUUCAAUACACCAAUUGCAAACUUACUUGCUAUUGUUGUACUACUCCUUGUUGACCAAUAACAAGGAGAAAUCUUUAAUUCUUUCAUCGUUGAUCAACGCGUUUAUCGGUAUCUUGGGCAUCAACUUGAACUCGAAAAAUCUAUUUUUCAACGACUUGUCGCUUAGUCAACAACAAAGGAGGAACCGAGUCAAGAUCUUUUGGAAUUUCAAAGUGCUCCUCAAGUGCUUCAACUUGAAGUUUGGAUUCAAACCGAGUCUCAACACCACGGUUAUCAACCCAGUCACCAUCGACCGGUAUUUCCAGUUGACGCCAGAGAAGCUUUCAUCGCUCCUUGGCGACGACGCCGACGAUCUAUUCAAUAACAUGUUGAAGCCCAGUAUAGAGUUUCUCAACUUGAUGAACAUUAUUAUCCCGUCAUCCUUUUCACCAAACUAUUACCAAUAUCUUAAAAAUGACAAGAAAAAAAAGGAAAAGGAGAAGGAAAGGGAGAACCAGAGCCACAACCACCACCGACUCGACUGGAUUUUGAAUGAGGAUGAUGGAGAUGGAAACGACGGUAAUUUGAACUACAAUUUCAACCAGUUUCUUGUCAUUGACAAAAACUUGGCCAACUGGAGGCUCUCGUUGCAAAACAAGACCUUGUCGCUUGCACCUUUCCACAACAGCAUGGGGUUGCCGAAUCUCCUCAAUAUCUCAACAAACAACCUCUACCACGACAUUACCCGCGAAAGCAUCCCCAAGGAAGUCCUUAUGAACUUUUAUCAGUCGGGCCAGCCCGACAUCUAUACCGCGUCGCAGUUGAUCAAAAUACAGCUAAAUUUCCACUAUAUCCUCAUCAGGUCGAUGAACUACCUCAAUUUCAUCGUUGACAAGGAGCUCAAUCCUCUGUACUACAAGCAAAUUGCAUCCAUCUCGGAAGAAGUUCUUCGCUAUUUUUUGGUCAUAUUUGACCACGUUGGUCGGUCGCAUGAAAAAGUCAACGAACCAAUCGUCUCGUCCAAUUCGAUUGUAAUGGGAAGCGUGGGGCUUGAUGUCGACGAGGACGGCUUUGUGAUUAAUGACUUUUCCGUUAAGCGCAGGCGCACAACUCCUCAGAAAUAUAGUCCCGCUAAGCGGUACCUGAGAGAGAUCCCCAUGUCUCCAUUCAACUCGAUGCUCAAUGGUCUUUCGCUCACCGUGAUCAAUCUCAAGAAAUCCAUAGUCUUGCAGAUGUUGUACUUAUUAAUUUGCCAGAUGAAAUAUUUCAAACAAAACGACUUGAUUGCAAAUGUGAGCAGCUCGUGUUCCUUGUUGAGCAAAUCAGUAGAUUUGUUCAUUGCUGUCUUUGUCAAUUAUAAACUCGGGGUCACUUCCAAAAAGACAAAAGAGGAUGUGCUUUUCCGAAAAUUGAUCAAUGAUGAGUUGAGAACGGAAAUCUUGCAGUUUCAGCUGCAGCAAGCACAGCAGGACUCAGAGGACGAGGACGACGACUUGAGCUCCACCAGUGGCCAUGCAGCCGAAUCCGGGGUGCACUACUACAAGAGUAUCGAUUGGGAUAAUGAAGAUCUAGAUGAAGACCUCAAGUAUCUCAAGAUUUGCAAGUUUAUGAAGUAUAAGACGCACCUCAUCUUGCUGCAGAUUGCCAGCAAUGAAAAAGCUAAAGCCAAGGCUAAGGCUAAAGUUAAAGCUGCAGCAGUGGUUGUGCCAGCCAUGCCGCCGAACGAGCCCGUUCCAUCGGUGAUUAAAGAUGAGCUUGACGUGAAGGAACCGACUGCUACUUCAAUUGUGGAAAGAUUCGAUUUCUUUGGCGACAAUGGAGGCUUGAGUCAUUCUCCUCCUCCUCCUCCUCCUCAUCAUCAUCACCACAGUCAACAUCAACACCAUAAUCAUCAACAUCAACAUCACCAACACCAACAUCAUCAUAACCAUAGUCAUAAUCAUCACAAUAACAAUAACAAUAACAAUCACAAUCAUAAUCACCACAACCAUCCUCAUCUCAACGGCAAAGACGAUCAAGAUUUUGGAGCCGCGCAGGAUUUGAUAGGUUUAAAGAGGAGCAGUUCUCAGAUCAGGGGUUUCCCCUUUGCAAACAACAUCUCUAAUAAAAAUGUAUAG